AAAAAAUGUAUAUACAUUCAUGCAAAGAGAAAAUAUCAUGCAAGAGCCACUUUAACCAAACAAAGCUUAUCUUCUUUUAAUCAUUAUUUUUUAUUGCUUCAAAUUCAUAGCUUUCUGAACAAUCCUGAUAAUUUGUUUUUAAUACAAAAACCAACGUAUUAAUAAUGUGAUUUCUUUUUAUUAUUACUAUAUAACUAUAUUAAUUAUAAUUGUGGCGUAAGAAUUAGGUCUUUACUUUCUAUUCCAAGGAUUCAGGUUCAUCUGAAUAAUUUAUCUGAAACAUAUUAGAUUUUUAAUUGAUCACUUCCUUUCGCAAAGAUGACAUUAAGAGUAUAUUUGCCAAAAUUAGAGGUUAUACAUGUUUAAUAGAUUCGGACGAAUCUGAAAUUAUAAAGUGUAAAGUAUAAAAUAUUAUAUUUCUAAAAGUAAAUGUGAUUUAAAUUAAUUUCAAAAUACAUCUAUAUUUUUAACAUUUUACUAGUAAUUUGAUGCUUCAAAUAGAGAUCUUUAUUCAUGAAAAAUUGAUUAAAAAAGAUUAAAUAUCUCUUUGCAAAGAUAAAAUUAGUUUAAACGCUAAUGAUUGCUAUCGUAAUAUCGUCUAAUAAAAUUUAUUUUUCUUCUGCAUUGAUAGCAAAUGUCGUAUAUCAUAAAUACGCCGAUUGAGAAUCGCUGGUGAUGCCUCGCAGUAUCGCAACGUCACGAUCGAACUGAAAAACAGGUUCUUACCUCGGUCGACUAGACUUGCAGUUUCGAUCUAGUUAUUGCCAACUAGUAGGCUCGAACUAGACUCAUUUCCAAUUUGCCAAUCGGAUAUACGUGCGUACGUGCGAGUUCAGUUUCCACGCGAGGCCAUCAGCUAUUCAUGGUGGAUGAGCAAGGAAGGGGGAGAAAGCGUCACGUAUAAAAACGAAUGGUCCAUCAGAACCUAUCCGCAGUAUCCCAUCCGUUGUCUCGUUUACGCUAUCUCUCACCGCGACGUGUUCAGAAAAAUGCUCCAUCUGCCUUCAGUACUCGCUGUAUGCUUAUUAAUUAAAGCAGCGUUUACUAGUUUUCCAGAGAGUAAUUCUGAAUGGCAUGGAUUAUCUAAUUUUGAUGCCACAAAUUACAGUCCCAAUAGUCAAAAUUUAAACAUUCCGGAUCUUUCUUCAUAUUCUUCUUUCGGAAAUGAUGGCAAUCUUCACAUAGAUUUUAAUCAAGGAUUUAAGGAUAAUGUUCAACAUAUCAGUGAACACGUAGAAAUCACAAAACCAGUACCAGUGCCAGUUGUAAAAAAUAUCGGAGUCCCAGUGGCACAGCCCGUGUCAAUACCUGUGCCCCAACCAAUGGCGAUAGGUGUUGCACAGCCUUAUCCCGUCCACGUGCCGUUUGUCCAGCCGGUUGCUGUGCCGGUCGUGAAAACUAUCGCGAUUCCAGUGGAGAAGAAGGUACCAUAUCCGGUGGAGAAAAUUGUACCAGUGCGCGUAGAAAAGGCGGUGCCAAUAACUAUCGAAAAGCAUGUGCCCGUUCCAGUAGAGAAGCUAUAUCCGAUUCACAUACCGGUCUACAAGCACAUUUACCACCGAAGAAAAAUAAAGAAACGCGGUCGUAAGAGGAUGAGAUACUGAGAAAAGUUACGGGAUGGUUGUUAGACGAGAUUCCAACGAAUGACACGAAUAACUGUUGAUUCGUGAAAUAUUUUCUUGCUAAACUGAAUGACAUUAAAUGGCGAUAUAGUAAACUCGUCUUUUUAAGCCUUGCCUUUAAGAAUUGUUGUUACAUUUAUUAACGUGACGAGAGAACAAUAUUUGCUUGUUUUUUGAUAGUAUCGUUGUUGUUAUAUUUAUAUUUGUUGACGUACAUUGGUUAUUGUUGCCAAUAAUUUUAUUUAAUAAAAAAAUUAUUUUGCAGUGUGUAACAUUAUUUACCUUUUAUUAGUUGCUUAUAUAAAUAAGAAUGUAACAAAAUAAAAAUAAUAAUAAUGAGUUAACAAGAACACUAUUAUUUUUUUACAUUAUAUUUCUUAAAAAUUGAUGUUUUUAAUGCUUUAGACUUAUUAGUUUAAAUAUUUUUAUUUUAUUUUUCCAGAAAAUAAGAUAAUUCAAUUAUUUCCGUAUGAAUAUAUUUCUUGCUUACACUAUUAUUAUGAUUAUUUAAUGGAAAAAUAACGUUAAGGAAACAAUUUAAAUUAAAAAAUUAAAAUUUCAAAUUUUAUUCAGCACGACACCUUUAUUUGAGUGUCGUGCUAAUCUCGGGUAUAAAAUAUUAUUUACAAACGUUUAAUCGCCAGAAUUCUGUUUAAAAAUAAUAUCAAACUAUACAAGAACGAUCAAGAAUUGUCGCUAAAAUUCUUAUAACGAUUCAACACGACCCCUUUAUUUGAGUGUUGUGCUGAUUUUGGGCAUAUAAAAUUAUACGCACACAUUUAAACUCCAGGGGCUCAAUUUUUUAAUUUAUUUGCAAGAAAAACGCAUGCAAAUACCCGGUCUAACAGAAAAGUUGCAAGUUUAUUGGUAUACCAUACAAUAGCCAUACAAUAGCCAUAUAUUUAGAACAACGACUCUAUGAAAAGUGAGUACUAUUUAUAAUACAUACUACAUAAAGAGAUAUUUAAUAUAAAUUUCUUAGAGUCGUUGUUCCAUAAAAAAAAUCAUCACUCACCGAUCCGAUGCGCAACAAGCGGAGUUAUUCAGCCACGAAGCUGCGAUGAUACUGUAACACAAAAACAUAAGAUUCAAAUUAAAACAGUGCUCACAAGAAUAAAUAUUUAAAGUUGAAAAUUUUACGCGAACAUUGAACUUUUAAAAUUCGACUUCAAAACACAUACGAAUAUGCAAACACGUAAAAAAAUAUAAUUAGUAAUACUUUAUAAAAUUUUAUUAAAAAAAAAAUCAUUACAAAUAUAAAU